AUGUCUAGCGAAGCUGAAACCAUUGCUAAGACUGCCCGCAGGGCCUCUAACAUCAUCAAGACCCUUUCAAAUGAACAACGCAGUACUGCCCUGAAAAGCAUCUACGACACUCUUCGCGACCAUAAGACCCAAAUUCUUGAGGCCAAUGAGAAGGAUCUCGCCGAGGCCCGUGCUGCCAACUUCCCUAGCUCUCUUAUCAAGCGUCUGGACCUGACGGUUGGUGACAAGUACGACUCGAUGCUGCAAGGUGUGCUAGACGUUGCUGCUCUCGACGACCCCGUGGGCAAAAUUACACUUGCCACUAAACUUGAUGAGGGCCUUGAUCUCUAUCGUGUCACAGUCCCCGUUGGUGUUCUGCUUGUAAUUUUUGAAGCUCGCCCUGAAGUCAUUGCCAAUAUUUCUGCUCUCGCUCUCAAGUCUGGCAACGCGGCAAUUCUCAAGGGCGGAAAGGAGUCCACACACACCUUCAAGGCCAUGGCUGCAUGCGUUACCAAGGCUCUCGAGGCCACCGGAACUGUUCCUGCUCACACAAUUCAGCUUAUCACUACUCGUGAGGAAGUUGGCUCGCUGCUUAGCCAAGAUAUGUACAUUGACCUUGUCAUUCCGCGCGGUUCCAACGCCCUGGUGCGUCACAUCAAGGAAAACACAAAGAUCCCCGUGCUUGGUCAUGCCGAUGGUAUUUGCUCCAUUUACGUCGCCAAAGAUGCCGAUGCUCAAAUGGCUGCUCGCAUUGUUGUUGAUGCGAAGACAAACUACCCUGCCGGGUGCAAUGCCGUCGAGACCUUGUUGCUUGAUGAGUCUAUUCUUUCCACAAAAACUUUCCCCACAAUCAUUGAAGCUCUGCUUAAGGCUGGUGUUACUCUUAAAGUAACUCCUGAAAUUGAGCUGUGGCUUACCAAAAACGACAUUACCAUUCCGGAAUCUGUCAAGGUUGUUCCAGCCACCGAACAAGACUUUUACACCGAAUUCCUCGACCACAUCAUUGCAAUUAAGGCUGUCCCCUCUCUCGCCGACGCUAUUGAGCACAUCAACGAGCACGGCUCCCAUCACACAGACUGUAUCAUCACAAAGGAUGAAGCUGAGGCAAACACCUUUCUCAAGGGUGUUGACUCAGCCGGUGUUUACUGGAACGCCUCCACCCGCUUUGCUGAUGGGUUCCGCUACGGUUUCGGUACCGAAGUCGGCAUUUCUACUAACAAAAUCCAUGCACGCGGUCCCGUGGGUCUCGAAGGCCUUGUGGGUUACCAUUACCAGCUCAAGGGUCAUGGCCAAAUUGCUGCCGACUACGCUGGCGCUGGCGGUAACAAGCAGUUCCUUCACACACCUAUUGACCAUUAG